ACUCGGUAUAUGGUAGGGAAACCAGGUUAUACCUGUGCGUCAUCACGGUGUAUAGAAAAGCUUGGUAGUGGAAACUUCCUGUCAGUAUCGAUCUUCCCCUCCAAAGCAGGUAUAUCUCCUGGUAUCGACAGGUAGUCAGGCUAGUCAGCAUCUCAUUAUAGUACCAAGGUAAAGACCGGGAACCACAGGCCUUAUUGUUUCGGAGGAUUGAGGAAUAACACAUUUUCGAAAUGGAGGUUUCCCGUCAGCUUCUCGUUAUUGGGUUAAUUGCCACAGUGGGUUUGUUGAUGAAAAUAAUCGUGUUUACCAGUCCCGGUUGGGCUGGCGUUCAUGUUCCUGUGAAGAAAGAGAAUCCCAUGUUCAUGGAUGACAUGGUCAUGCCGCCCUGUGAUGACGGAAGUAAUUCCGAAAUUCCAGAGGGUGCUCCGACAGACCAGAAGCGUCCACCUCUUCCCCCCUGCGACAAGGUGAUGCCCGAGAAGAAGGGAGGUAUGAUGCCGAUGCCUUUUGAGCAUAGGAAGAAAGACAAACACCACUGUGGUCCCGGCAUCCACAUGUCCCUUGGUCUGUGGUACACGGUCACAUGUACUCAGGUCAGUCAUACAAAAAAGCCAGCCGCCCCAACACCUACCCCAGAAUGGAUCAUAGAUCGCAAGAAACGCAGCCACCAUGAUAGCUCAGAAGAGAGGGACGAUGACGAUGACGAUGACGAUGACGACAAAAUGAAGAAGGAAUGUCACGUCACGUCCUACAAACAUGCAGAUGAAGUUGCCAACAAUCUUCCUGCUGAAACUAGGUCUUUGGGCAAUUUAGUCCGCAACAUUGCGAUGUACACCGACAAGAUGCUGUGCGAGUUCCGAGUAGAGGCUUCAAUCGGACUCGGCAUGUCCUUCCUGGGGAUCAUCGCCCUUUUGGUGUACGCCAGAGGUGGAGCUAGGAGCCGCUGGAGCGCCAUCCUGUCCUUCAUGUCCCUCCUCACCUCGGGUGUUAUCUACCUCGUUGCUGUGGGCAAGGUUGCGUCUAUCCUCAUCAUGGCACACAAGUACCUGGAAUACGAGAUGAGCGAUCUCAACGUCCACUUCAGCGUCCCAUGGUGCCUCAUCGUUGCCGUGGUUGGCGCGUUGUUGACCUUGGUCGCCACUUUCGGAAUACUUCUGGUUUUGUCCAGGGGACACAACAGCCGUGACAUCGCUAAGCCAUACGCAGUGAACGUGAACGAGAAUGGAAAAUAUGAGCGUUUCGUCAAUGACGACGCCGGACCACUUCCCCUGAAAGUGAAAUUUUGAGAAGGAAUUUCACGAAAGCCGUGAUAUUUUGUUCUUUUAUGACUUCUUAUUGUUAUCAGAAAAAAAACAUUAUUCUAACAUGUAACGACAACGUGGAAAUUUGUAGGUGAACCCGUUGAUGAGGAUUCAAGAUGUUGGCGGGAAGGAAAUCUGUUUUUAUAGAACUUUGAUAAUUGAUGCAGUGAUAAUCCAGAGCAGGGUCUAACCGUCCACAAAUAAAGAUGUACUUUCAGUGAUCUAAUCGACUUGCUUCUGAAAAUAUUUCUCAAAACUUCCGAGAAAACGGUGUUUUUUUUGUGUACAGUCUUGUCAUUGUCGUUUUAUUUUGCUAUUUUGUAAAACUGCUUAUACUUAUAAGCUGCUGAAUGCUUAAACACAUUUCAAUAUUUAUCACGCUUUUUCUCGGUAGAUAAUAUCAAUCUCUUUGUUUUUGUUCCAAAAGUAAAAUGUUUUAUCAUUAAAAGUUACAAGUUGCGUCCCUUACUUUCGAACCAGUCAUUACCAAGGUUGUAAUGAUUAUCAAAUUUCCUGCAGGCAAUUUUUUUUACAGUUAGACGGAUUGAUGUUAGAAUUCAUGACAUUUUGUUAUAUUUUGUAUAUCUGGAAUAAAAACUUGUUAAUUUUUCA